AUGAACGACCUGACAGAGUUGUUUCUCAGAGGAAAUGGGCUUAGUGCUUUUGUCCCCGGACAGUUUGAGGGAUUAACAGAGCUCCGCCUCCUAGACCUUAGUGAAAACGCUAUUGAGCGUCUUCCCCAGGGACUCCUUCGAGGCCUUGGCAAAUUACAGAGACUUAUUCUUAGCUUAAACAAGCUUCCUAACCUGCCGUAUGGUGCCUUGGAAGGGGCGUCCUCUCUCAAAGCCCUACACCUGAGCAGCAAUAGCAUUGAGGUUCUAGAAGAGGGGGUGUUUGAGAACUGUCGCAACUUAACUGAAAUCUUUUUGUCCAAAAACAAGUUAGCGAGUCUAGGAGAUCAUAGCUUCAGAGGUGCCGUAAACCUAGCUCACCUCGACCUCAGUAAAAACAAGUUUGAUUCAGUACCUGUAACUGCGCUCAAACAUACAUCACAGCUUACAUACUUAUACCUCCAAGAAAAUGCGAUCAAAAGUGUCUCUAAUGAUACCUUCUCUGGGCUGUCUGGAUUGCAAAUUUUAGAUUUGAGCAACAACCAACUUGAAACCCUGCCAGAAGGUUUGUUCAACAGUCUCGCUAAGCUUGGCAACUUGGAUUUGAGUGGAAACAAACUGCGGUUUCUCCCUUCACAAAUAUUCCAAGAUUUAGGUGGGCUUGAAGUCCUUAAUUUGUACAACAAUGCUCUGGUGGAACUUGCUGAUGGUUUGUUCAACAACUUGACCAAACUGAGGGAACUAAUGCUUGAUAGAAAUAAUAUUUCUGUGAUCCAACCAGAUCUGUUUCACCCACUUUCAGCACUAGAAGAUUUACAGUUGGACAAUAAUCGCAUCUCUGACCUUGACUCCUCUACCUUCGAAACACUGAAGAAGCUUCAUCACCUUCAUCUGAGUAACAAUGCCCUAACCAAGAUUCGCAAAGAGAUAUUUCACAAGGUGCAGCAUCUGAAGGAGCUACACCUUGACUACAAUCGUAUUCAUUCCAUUCCCGCAAAUUCUUUUCUUUACCUUCACAGACUCCAUUCUCUGAGGCUCAACAACAACCGUCUUUCGGCCCUCCCUGGUCAACUUUUUGCCGGUCUCACAAGCCUGAGGGAACUCUGGCUAAAUGAAAAUCACAUAAAGAAUCUUGUUCCUUGUUUGUUCACAAGUCUUCCAAACCUGAAGAUGCUGGACCUUGCAAACAAUUACCUGACGACCCUUGACCCUGAGGGCUUCAGAUACCUGAUUGCACUGAAAGAGCUGCAGCUGAGCUUCAAUAAGCUUGACGAACUUCCACACAACAUUUUCAGGUCUCAGAAAAACCUCCAGAAGUUAUUUCUUCAGAAUAACCACCUGGCCAACUUGCCAGAGAACGUGUUUGCACCUCUGCGUGACUUGCAAGAGCUAGAUUUGGAGAAAAACCAGCUUGCACAACUACAACCCAUACAGUUUAAAGGCCUUGACAAUCUAAAGGUCUUGUAUCUGCAAUCAAAUAAACUGAUGUUCUUAGAGGAAGGGACACUAGAGUCUUUGAGAAGCCUUAGGAACCUCUUUCUUCAGGGAAACCCCUGGGUUUGCUCCUGCACGCCCAUACUUUACAUAAGCAACUGGGUCAAAAAGAAUCAAAAAUGGGUGAGGGACAAACCCAUGUGUUCAGUCCUUAAUGUUUCCCUUUCCGAACAACGUUUAUUUCCCAAACCUCUGUCACACCACUGUUCCAGUUCUGGGAACUCCUUCAGAGCCAUGCAAUACAUAGAGAUGCUUCUGGCAGUCUCAGGUUUCCUCUUAGCCCAUAAUGUUGUGUGA